CUUUCGGCCUUUGGCACACCGGCUUUGUUAAGCCCUCGCUGCAGGUAAAACACAUCACUCACAUUGGUAGCCGGAGCCUGUGUGUUUCGGUCUGCGCUACGCUCACACUCUGCGCUGACUUUCGGCGCGCGCCAUGGCGGCUCGCCUCUGGAGGUCCCCCGACCGUGGCCGUGCGGACAGGGCUCCGCCUCCUCAGAGGCAACACGACGACGACGACUUCGAGCAGCUCGACGAGGAGGAGGUGGAGGACUACGACGCGGCGCCCGAGACGCCCGGAGGAGGCGCCGACAGGGACGGCGGCGGCACGCGGGACAACCUGCCGAUCCCGAUCUUCGACGGGAGUGGUUCGCGGGAUUUCUCGCGGCGCGUCGAGGCCUGGCAGCUGGCGACGUCCCUCAGGUCCGAGCGUCGCGGCCCAGCGCUCUACGCGAGGCUGCAGGACGACGCUUGGACCGCCGUCGAAGACAUCGACAUGCAGAGGCUCGCCGAGCCAGGAGGGCUCGAGUUUUUGAUGCUCGAGCUCAAGGACCGCUUCGAGGAGCAGGAGAUAUUGCGACAAGGAGAUGUGCUGCACGAGUUCUUUGUCCUGCUCAAGAGGCGGCCCCAGGAGCAGAUACGUACAUUCAAGAGGAGGUUCAACACUCUCGUGCAUCGCCUGGCCAAGUUUGCCGUGACGCUGCCCGCGAUCGUGCUCGGAUGGUUCUUUCUGGAGAAGCUGCGGCUGCCGAGCGAUCGACGUGCGAUGGUGCUGGCCAGUGCGAACGUUGACUACGAUUUCAAGGUGAUGUCCGCGGCGGCCGAGAGAAAUUGCCCCAACGUUGCUGAGUUCGACCGACCAGGCGGCCGCGGACGCGAUCAGCCAUUCAAGCCCAAGGUGUUUCAGAGGUUCGCCCCACGAGGUGGACGACAUCGCGCCAUGCACGCCGAGCCCGAGGACGACGAGGUGCAGGACCCAGUCCAGGACUACCUGCACGACCUUGAUGAGGACGAGUACCAAGCCGUGGAGUCGUUCCUGGCGAACGGUGGAGACCCUACCGACCUCCCGGGCCUGGACGAGUUCGAGGACGACGCUGACGACCAGGAGCCCGGUGACGACCAGGAGGAGACCAUGGCGGCGCUUGCGGAGGCGUACGUGGCAGGUUUUCGUGAGAGCAAUAAGCGUUUCCAGCAGAAGGAUAUGCUUCGAAUGAAGUUCACGAGUGCGAAGUUCAAAAUGAAGGAUUUCAAGAACCAGCGGGGAUGCCCUCCGCCACCAGCACCGCAUCAGGUUCAGCGAGACCCCAAGAGGCAGAAGGAGGUCGACGACUUGAAGAAGAAUUUCGUCUGCAAGGCCUGCGACCAGCGAGGGCGCUGGAAGGGCGACCCGGAGCGCCCCAAGACCCGUGGAGGAGGACAGCCCUCGUCGGGAGCUCGCAGGCCGAUGUUGGCUAUCCAUGACAGCGGCUGUGCGGAGGCGGAGCCGCACAGGGUUAUGACAGCGACGAGUUCAAGGGCGACGGCGACGGCCAGGAGCACGCCCAAGCCUGCUGCCGAGAGGAAGCCGAACACCAGCGCGGGCUUCUACUCUUCCCUGGCCCACUCGUUCCCGGUGUUCAUCUUCGCGUCUUUCGAGGAGUUGCGGAGGCGCGUCGGGUUCGCUUACUACGACAGCGGCUGCACCAGGUGCGUUAUGGGCUACAACAUGCUGAAGCUGUGGGCGGCGCUCUUGAGGCCAGCGGCGAAGCAGCUCGGGAUUCGCGACGACCCGAGGACCAGCACCUUCAGUUUUCCAGAGGAGCUGGGCGUGCCACCCGUGCCGAUUCAGAAGCGACCAGAUCUUCGGCGGGCAUGGUGGCGCUUCGCCCAGAUCUUGAUGAAUGCGGCCCAGGCUCUCAUGACACCCAUGCGCGGCGUGAUGAUCAGCAUGGGCCACCGGAAGCGCAUCAUCUCGAGGGUGACUCAUGUGAGACCGACUCGGAAGGGGAUCACUCAGAUGACGAAGGCGGAGUUGCGCGCGGAGCUGCUGACCAUCGGAGUGGACACCUCGGGGAGCGAGACGUGUGCGGCUCUACGGGGAAGCCUGCGAGCCGUACGACCGCCUGAGGAGGCAAGACACCAGAAUGGGACCCCCAGGGCCAAGCUGGCGUCGGGAUUCAGCAAGCUCAGGAAGCCCGAGGCCAUCGCUUUCUGCCAGGCUGCAGGCGUCGCGAUCGACGGGGCGGCGGACGCCCUGAAGCUCAGGAUCAAGGCGUGGGCAGCAGCAGAAGGUCCGAUACCUUCAAGCGCCGUCUCCGCGAAGUCCUUGCUGGGUUCGGCUACUCCUUCGAGAAGGUCCGUGCAGUCGAGCAGCGCAGGACCGCCCCCGGAGGCAACUCCAAGCACGCCUCCCAUGGCGAGGGAGAUCCAGGCCAAGGUCAAGAAGCGGGGUCCCCCGAGUACGUCAUCUCACAUGAGCCUGGACACCAAAGAAGACCACUUGGCGAGGAUUCGAACAGCACCGACUCGGACAGCAGCGACGACUGCGGUCCGGGCGGUGGAAGUGGACUGGGACCCGGACCAGGACCUCACGAGAGUGAAGCGGCCCCUGCGCCGCGGGAUGAGCGUGCUCAGCGGGCUUCGCGGCGCUCUGGCUUCGUGGGCGCUGCCAGCUAUGUGCCUCGCGGCGACCAUCGGCGAGUCGGCUGGCCUCAACCUUGCCAGCUGCGCCAAGACUGCGGGGGAACACGCCACCAAAGAGGUACGCGUCGCGGUCGACGAGGACGGCGCCAAGAUCAACUUCGUGGAGAUCUGGGGUGGCAAGGCCGCGGCAUCGCGCGAGGCCGCCCGUCGAGGUUUUCGUGUCGGCCAGCCGCUGGGCUGCCUGGUGCUCGAGCCGACCUGCAGGAUCUGGAGCCACAUGCAGAACCUCGUUUUCAAGGGAGACAAGCAGCGCCUGCGGCGGGCGCGGCUGAAGGAGCUGCCGACGCUGAAGCUAGUCGAGAAGCUCUUCGGGAUGCCGUACGAGGACGGACGCAUGGCUGCGCUGGAGCACCCGUGGCUGGGGCAGUCCUGGAACGAGGGCCCGUGGAAGAGGCGCAGACAACUGCCAGGCAUGGUCGAGUUCCAGACUGACAUGUGCGCGCACGGCCUCACCUGCCCUCAGACCGGGAAGGCAGCCAAGAAGCCUACGAGGAUAUUGGCGACUCACGCGCCUUUCGAGAAGCACUGCGGCCUGCGCCAGGUCUACACCAAGGACUUCAGUCGGCGUAUCGUCGACGCGUUCGAGGAGGUGCUCAACCAGAGCUACCAGGCCAUGGCGGCGGACGUCGACGACGAGGGCGACGAGGCACCCGAGGAGGAGCCCAUGGGCUCCCGAGCGAUCUCGUUCGGGGAAAAGGCAGGCAUCCUGCCGCUGGAGGUUCGAUCUCACCUUCGACGCCUUCACCAGAACCUCGGGCAUCCCUUGAAGGACGACCUGGCCAGGAACCUGAGGCUCAACGGCGCGGACGACGCUCUCGUCCGCGGCGCCAAGCACCUGCGCUGUGCUACGUGCAACAGGACCAAGCCUUCUGCGGGAUCUCAUCGAGUUUCUCGCCUGUCGCCGGUCGGCGGCUUCAAUGACGAGCUGGGCGUCGACGGCCUCUACCUUCGGAACGCCUCCACGACGUACCACGUCGCGCGCUACCUGAAGAGCCGGAAGCCAGCCACCGUGGCUAAGGUCUUCCGAGAGCUGUGGCCUGCUGGACCGCCUAGCGUGGUCAGGCUCGACCUGGACGGCAUGUUCUACACCGAGUUCCAGGAGGCCAUGGACAUGAUGGGGAUCCGCGUCAGGGCCGUGGCAGGCCAGGCGCAGUGGCAGAACGGCCGCACUGAGCGGCAUGGCGGCUGGCUCAAGCUCAUGGUCAACCGCGUCGUCGAGCACAAGUCAGUCACGAGCCGCGGUGACCUUGAGACCGCCGUCUGGGAGACCUGCCAGGCCAAGAACGACAUGCGUCGGAUCUGCGGCUUUUCACCGUCGCAGUGGAUGUACGGAUGCUUGCCUACCACGUCUGCCGACCUGAUCGAUCGGCCUGGCCAGAUUGCAGAGCACAGCAUGCAUCGCGUGUCCACGGAGCUCGCCAGGAGGAUGGCUAUCCGCACGGCUGCGCGGACGGCCUUCGUGGAGCUGCAGAAUAGUCAGGCGCUCCGUCGAGCACUCUUGCGGAAGCCGAGGGUCACCCGCAUCAACUACCAGAACGGCGACCUCGCGUUCUACUGGCGGCUGCGCAAGGGGACGGAGCUCCACGAGUGGCGAGGCCCAGCCGUCGUCAUCGGCCCAGCGGGAGCGUCCAACUUCUGGCUCUCGCACGGCGCUGGGACCGUUCAAGUUUCUCACGAGCAGCUCCGACCCGCGGAGGAUGAGGAGAUCUGGUGGCCCGGUCAGGGCGACGAUCCCAAUAUCGAGGAGCUGAACGAGCUCAUCCGCCAGGUUGAGAAGGAAGACCAGCCAGAGUACGAAGACGACCGAGGGCGGGGACCGCGUGAAGCAGAUGAGAAGGCCCAACCUCUGCAGCGGAGAGAAGGCCAGGACCUCGGGGACACCCUCGAGGAGCGAGCGAAAGAGCUGGAGCAGGAGAUCGAGGAGAUCGAGAGGGGCAAGCGCCCGGCUGACGCGGCCGAGCGCCUGGAGGACGAGCCGCCCCGCAAGCGGCAGGAGGCAGCUGCGCCAUCGGGCCCCGCGCCAUCGGCCCGCGCGGGGCCUCCAGCGUCGACAGCGACGCCCCCUCAGCCAGCUCUACCCGAACAAGGAGUUCCUUACACGAAGGAGGAGUUCAAGAAGCGCCGGGCGGCUUUACAAGCCCGGCAGAGCCAGGUGUUCCGGCCGUUCCCUGUCGGACCGCUUCAGCACCCAGGCGAUCAUCCAGAACAGCCCGUUCACUUCGCCAAUUUCAGUUUCGGCCUGAUCGCGAAGCGGAGCUGGAACACAACUAGGCUGCAACGUCGAGCGCUGGAAAAGGAGAUGCCAUGGAACAUGAUCCCAACCAGCGAUCGCCCCCUCUAUCGCCAGGCGGCCGAGUUGCAGUGGAAGCAGUGGGAGAACUACGACGCCGUCGAGCCGCUCUCAGUCGAGGAAAGUCGGAAGGUUCGUGAGCGAGUCCACCAGAGCCGCAUCUUGACGUCGAGGUUCCUCUAUCGGAACGAGAACGCUGGAGUCAAGGACGCGCCGCCCAAGCCGAAGGCUCGGCUGUGCUGUGGUGGCCACAGCGACCUGGACUUCACGAUGGGGCCCAGGACCGACGCGCCGACCGUGUCGAGGCAUUCGGUGCUCACCUUCCUGGCAGUGGCGGCGGCGUGCGAUUUCGAUAUCGUGGCCGGCGACAUCGAGUGUGCCUUCCUGCAGGGCGAAGAGCACGGGCGCGCCGAGGAGCUCUACAUGUCUCAGCCCAAGGAGGGCCUGCCGAACAUGGACCCUCGGUGCCUCCUGAAGGUCAAGAAGGGCAUCUUCGGGCUUGCGGAUGCGCCGCGGCUGUGGUGGCGACGUCUGCGUCGGGGUCUGGUCGAGGCGGACUUGAAGGACGAGGAUGUCAAGCCCAUCCUCAUGAUGCAGUCCCGGCUCGACCCGACGGUGUUCCGCGGCUUUAAGGAGGACGACAGGCUGUGUAUCUUGGUCUGCGUACAUGCUGACGAUCUCCUCGUAGCUACGAAGUCGCAGGCCCUACGUCAGGGAGUUCGAGGUCUCUUCAACUUCGGCGAGUGGCGUCACGUGCCUUCGACCUUCAUCGAGGGCAGGCUCGAGCCGAUCGAGAUCGACAAGGCCCGGAAGCGUGAUCCGAGCCUGGAGUGUAAUGCCCGCGAGGUCGCGGACAAUCGCAGUGCAGUCGGCAGUUUGGGAUGGCCAGCUCGAGAGACGAGACCCGACCUGUCAUGUACUGUAUCUAUGGCACAGCGCAAGCAGAAUGCCCCCUGCAUCCAAGACCUGCUGGACGUCAACAAGGCCAUCGGAGUGCUGCAGAGCUCGGCCAGCGAGAAGUUUCACAUCCCCAAGCUUGACGUGGAGUCCCCGUGGUGCCUGAUAGUCUACCACGAUGCUGCAUGGGGAAACGCCCUCACCGAGGACGAGGCCCUACGUCGGAUCGCUCAAGGGGAGAUGGUCCACUCGCAGGCAGGGUACCUGGUCUAUCUGUGCGAGCGUGCAGUUGCUGAAGGACGCCCGGGCAAGGCGAUCCUUGUGGACUGGAGAAGCCACACGCUGCCGCGCGUGGCUCGGAGUACAUUCGCUGCCGAGACUCAGAGUUGCACCGAGGCGUUUGACUCAGCAGAGUUUGUGCGCGCUGUGAUUCUCGAGAUGAUGCAUGCCGACCUGGACGUGACCAGCCGUGAGAUGCUAGCCAACAUUCGUAUGCUCCCGAUCACGCGCGCGACGGAUUGCAAGUCGCUGUAUGACACCCUCCGGCGAGAUGCCGGUAAGCUCCCGCAGGAGAAGCGCCUGAUCAUGGAUCUGGCUUGGUUGCGUGAGGCAAUGCAGCUGGAGGCUGCCGUGGACCCCCGCGAGAGCAUGAACGUGGCAGAUGUGCCGAUGCGAUGGGUCCCCACAGCCUACAUGUUGGCCGACCUUCUCACUAAGACGAUGGAUCUGACAGGCCAGUUCUGUCGCCUGGUCUCGGGUUCGCUGCGCAUCCCGAGGAACCUACCAGGCCCGGACGAGGGCCAGUGA